AAUUUGUAUUCUGUGGUGGCGUUUAUGAUGGCAACUCCUGAAACACGAAAAAGACCGAACAUACUCGUGACUGGUACUCCAGGUACUGGUAAAAGCACAUUAAGUGUGGAAUUAUCGAAGAAAUUGGGUUUUCAUUACAUCAAUUGUGGACAGGAAGCAAAAGACAACCAACUGUUUUCAGAAUAUGAUGAAGAUCUUGAUACUUAUGUACUUGAUGAGGACAUGUUAUUGGAUCAUUUGGAAAACAAAAUGGAUUCGGAAGAUGGUGGAUAUAUAGUAGAUUAUCAUGGCUGUGAUUUCUUCCCAGAAAGGUGGUUUGAUUAUGUGUUUGUAUUGCGAUGUAACAAUACUCUUUUGUUCGAUCGACUUACUGCUCGAAAUUAUAGCUCAGCAAAAAUUAAAAAGAAUAUUGAAUGUGAAAUUUUCGGAAUUUUAUCAGAAGAAGCUAGGGAAUCGUAUAAUGUAAGAGUUUUUCAAUUUUUUUAA